AUGAAAGCGUACACACAGUAUACAGCAGCAAUUGCUGCCAUGUUGCCGCUGGGCCUCGGCUCCCCUCUGAAUUCAACAGGAAAUGCCAGUAUGGUUUACGAUUUCUCCGAAUUGACCGCGAGCCCAUCGCUUGCUUGGUCCCCAUGUUACAACAACUUUACAUGUGCCUUGCUAGAAGUACCACGCGACUACGCCAACAAAACCGCCGGUACCCUCAACAUCGCCAUCAUCAAGAAACCCGGUCCAACACCCAACGCACAAGAAGUCCUCGUCAACCCUGGCGGCCCCGGCGGCUCAUCCGUGAGCAUGAUUCUCUUCAGCUCCGCCGCAAUCGAAGCCAAAAUUGGGACCGAUUACUCUCUCGUAGGCAUCGACCCCCGCGGCAUCAACAACAGCGAACCAUCCAGCGACUGUUUCCCCGGCUACGCCUUCCAAACCCGCAAUGCCAUCCUCGAAGAACCCCUAGGUCUCGCAGAUAUAACCUCUGAAAAAGCACUGAAAACCCACCACCAAUCCCUCCUCGGAUACGGAAAAUGGUGCUCAGACAUGUACGCUGUAAACGGCACCGCACGCUACGCCAGCACCGUCGCCGCAGCACAAGACAUGCUACACUACAUCCAGCUGCGCGCCACCGACACGGGAAAAGCACCCGAGGAAGCAAAACUCUGGUACUACGGCAUAAGCUACGGCUCCAUCCUCGGACCCACCUUCGCCAGUCUCUACCCCGAGCGUGUAGGCCGCAUGAUCAUCGACGGCGUCCUCGAUCUGGCCGACUACUACGACGGCGGCUGGGAAACCGCCAUAGACGACAGCGACAAAGCCGCAGGCUACUUCUUCCAGCAAUGUUUCGACGCAGGCCCCGCACUCUGUUUAUUCCACCAAAACGCGUCGUCUCCGCGCGCCAUCCAAGACCGGUACGAAGCGCUGCUCGACGAUCUAAAGACAAGCCCGUUUGCAGUAGCCCAGGCGAUCCCGGAUCCAAGCAACCCGCUGACUGUCCCCGGAGCGCUGGCCCCGACUCCGUAUGUGAUGCAGUGGACCGACAUCACGAGCCAGUUCUUCGCCACGCUGUACUAUCUCACCCCGGCUGCCGUGGUGGCAAUGGACUACUUGCUUCUCGCUUUGCAGAAUCGCGAUGUUGCCAUCUUGUCUAGCAUUACGCUCAAAGCGCAGGUUAAUAGCUUGAAUCCGAGCUACGAUGAGCGCAUGGGGAGGGCGCUGGUCGUGUGUUUGGACUCGGAUGGGCGGUCGAAUUAUACAGAGUUUGAGGCGUACAGGGGGUUUAUGGAGGGGAUGCAUGAAAAGAGUAGGUAUGGUGGGUUGCAUGUUGCAGCGCUGAGUGGACCGGUGUGCAGUCAGAUGCGUGUCAGGUCGCCUGAGAGCCAGCGGUUUGAUGGGGUACCGAGAGUGAAUGGGACGCAUACUCCUAUCCUGUUCGUGUCUUCGGUUGCGGAUCCUAUUACGCCUUUGUCAGCGGCAAGGAAGAUGAAUGACCAGUUUCCUGGUUCUGGUCUGCUGGUGUUUGAUAAUGUUGGUCAUACUGCACACUUCCAGUCGAUCAAGUGUGUUUCCGAGCACGAAAAGCAAUACAUGCGUGAUGGAACGCUUCCACCUGCGAACACGGUAUGCGAGGUUGAGGAGCCCAAUCCAUGGAUCGCUCUUGCAAAGCUCUCCAAUGCCACUGGAACUACACCUUUUAUGAACUGA